GAUACAUGCAGACAGUCCACAUGAACAUGUAACUAUUAAAAAAACUUCCGUGUUGCAGUUUGGACAAUAAUUUAAACAAUAUGGAUGCAUAUAAGUUACAUGCGGUGUAUUGGGUAUAUUUUGGAUUCUCUUUCGAGCAGUAUCGAGUCAGAACCCAAUACUCGUCACAGACAAGGUGAAUGUUGCAGAAAACAGUUCACUGACUCUUACGUGUAUCCUUCCGAGAGCAGUGGUUCCCACAGCUUGGUUGAGAAAUGGACUUGGAAGUAUUCUGUGGACAGGGUUUUAUAACGGCACGUGUAGGUUCGAUCCAUCGCCAUUACCUGCAGGAUUCGAUUACGAAUGUUUCAAUGCUACUUUGACGACUCUGACAAUCUUGUACGUUAAUCGCUCGCAGAAUGGAGACAGAUGGCAGUGCAGCGUUACCACUGAUGGCGGAGUUUCGACAUUCAGUAACAACAUGACAAUCAAUGUUCAAGGUGCACAGAAACCGUCUUUAUUCAUAUCAGAAGCGAUUACUGGGCUUCCUUUACAUAUGACUUGUGAGUAUCCUGACGCAAACCUGGGUUUUUCGUGGUACCAACGAACUCUCACCUCUCCCUAUUUAUCCUCGGUUGGGACCAUAUAUAAUACCUACAACAACGUAUCAUGUGUGCCGCCAGUUCCAUCGCUUGAGCCAAACCCGAAGAUAUACAGCUAUAGCUGUCUGAGCCUGUCAAAGCAGAGACUGACUAUUAGGAAUGUAACCAUGGAUAACCACGGAGAACAAUGGUCUUGUGGCGCCUAUCCCGUAAACGGUGGAAGACUCGACAGUAAUGUCAUCACUUUUAACGUUAAAGUUCCUAUAACUAAAUUAGACAUUUCACCAAAACUGGAUCAAAUCUCAUUGCUAGUCAAUCAAACAGUGCAGUUAACAUGCACCAGUGACUUCGGUAGGCCCACUCCCGUAAUAAACUGGUUUAUGGACAACGCAACAAGUCACGAGUUGGAUGAUUUCAAUAUUACGCAUUUAUCCGCGGUAACAACCAUGAGUGAGAACGUUACGAUCAGCACACUGACUUUGAAACCAUCCAAACCUGACAAUAACACGAGAGUGUACUGCUCUGGAAACAACGGCGGAUCAGAUCGAGUGUUUUCUUCAAUGAAGCCAUCAAUUAAUAUUCUAUUUGGACCUUCACAACCAGAAUUUUACUCUAACGGUUCAUUAGUAGUUGGAUCUAUCGUUGCUUUGUCAGGAAAAUCCAUCCUUCUUACAUGCACGAGUAUCUCCAGUCCAGCACCAUCUUUUACAUGGACCUAUCCUGGUGGUACAACAUCAGGCCAAAAUCUGGUAAUAACCAGCAUAGGUACAACGUUCGAAGGAAACUACACGUGCAAUGCUCGCAAUACUAUGACACCAUCGCUUGGUACGGGGAGAUCAGAAACAACGAAUGCUUCGAUAUUCGUACAAGUAAAUGUACCAAUCAUUUACAUUGAAUUGGUGACUCCAGCAUCAAACAUAGUGUUCCUUAAAGAGAAUGACUCCAUUUUAUUCGAAUGUGUUACAUCCAGUGGAAAACCUGUCGCCGUUAUAAAGUGGUACAAAGACAACCGGACACCAGAGAAUAACAUGGAUGAUGUAGAAUUGUCUUAUGCUAGUGUAAAAUCGCUUCCAGACAAUGUUACAAAAAGUGUCCUUAAUUACACAGCCAAACGUGUCGAUGAUGACAUGAAAAUAUAUUGCACGGGGAUCAAUACCGGGGAAACAUUAGCCUCAAACCGACAUGCACAACUUAUAAUCACCUCUUUUCCUGAAGCACCGUCAUCUGUCGCGGUCUCUGAAAUAUCUGCUAGAUCUGUCAGGAUUUCCUGGCUCUACCUGUCGACAGGCCGUAUGUUUCAACAAUUUAUAGUUGAAGUUAACGAAGAUGGCGGUGAAUGGAUUGAACAAACUGUGUCUACUGCAUUCUUCAAUCUUAGUUCGUCUACCGUGUACAGCGAUUUGACAUUGUUGAAAGAGUUAACACGUUAUAGAAUACGGGUUUACGCAGAAAACGUCUUUGGCCGAAGUGGACCUUCAGAUAUCGUGUCUUUUACAACAUCGUCUGUUGAUGUCUCGGGUUCAGAUUUACCAAAUACGUCUUCACAAUCAUUCAGCAUGGGUGCAAUCAGCGGAGGUGUUGUCGGAGGCGUUAUUCUCGGAUUAUUUCUCGGAAUCCUAGGAUCGUGGAUUGUCGUUAUUUGGAGGACGCGGACCAGCUCCCAUGGAGGUACCAGACCUGGGCCCCAGAUCACGUCAGAGUAUCUAUCGGGAAGUGAUGAUGCCUAUUCGUCUAUACCACCUAAUCCUACUGACAGAAAUCAACGAGUUAAUCCGCCGAAACAUGCACAACGUGGAUCAAGAAUAUCGUCCGCAGGUCUAUCGGGAAGUGAUGAUCCCUAUUCGGCACUACCGCCAAAUCAAGCCGACAUAAAUCAACGAGUAAAUCAGUCUCGACCUUCCCAAGGUCAUGAACAAGGCAUUCAUCCCACAACUGGCGCAGCAUACGAGAACGUUGUCGGUAAUGGGCAGAUGGAGAUUAAUUGUGACGCCAACGUGAAGCAAGAAACUCAACCCGGGGAAACGACGACAACUGCAAUGUAUGAAUCUCUUACGCACGACCUCCGUGGCAAGGAAGAAUAUGAAAUGAUUAAGCCGUCACACAAAUAAAUUCAAACCAGCAGCGUCAAGUUUCGUGCUUGUAUGCUGCGGUAUAUACUACACGCUAAUUUUUGUUAAUUAUUGAAAUCAGGCUAAAUUUUGGAACAAAUCUCAUGUUACUGUCCGUCAACUUCCUGUUGUUUAACAAUUGAAUACAUAUACAUGGAACAGUUAAAGAACUACACAAGGAUGCUGAUGAAUGUAGCAAGAUUGGUAGUAAGUUAUCAUUUCGUUGUAAUUGUAUAAGUCAAGUUUGAUCAGCUGAAAUAUUGUGUGAACAAAGUCCAAUGCCAUUGAACGUUUGUGAACCUAUAUAAACUGAGAGUAAAAACACUCAAUCGUUGACGUUGUGUGCUACAUGUUGACAGUCCAGAGUGGUGGGAAAAUGUGCAGGUUGCGUUACCCUGCUGUGUGCUCUAGGUCGUUGCUGUUAUACAAUGUUCUGUAAAUAAAUAUAUAAUAUAGAAGCUAUAUAAAUAUAAAAUAUAGAAGCUUUAUACAAAUAUUUAUCAAAAUAUGAUAUGGAAAAAGUCCAUCAAUAUAUAUUGGUCCCUCAUAAUAAACGUUGCAUACAAGUGUAAUGGCACACAAUUUUGUUGGAUUUAAAAAGGUUAUCAGCUUCACUUGUUCGUUAUUUCAAUUUAUUUUAUUAUUGAUUUCAAGCUGUGAUACCUUACACAAUUAAACAUAUUUCUUAGCAAUUAUCACAACUGUUAUAGUCGCAAUAUGAAAUACAUUUUGUUUUGUGUCAAAUAAUAUUGAAAAGCAUAAUGCAUGCACAUUUUGUAAAAACAUGAUUCAUGUUAGUAUAUCCUUACACUACUCGAGUAUAGUUUAUAUUUGUCUUUAACAAACACGUUAUUUUUUAAUCUGAACAGACGCAAUACAUAAUUGUCAUGUUAAUAACUGACUUACUACCCUUUUCAUAUUUUGAAGGGUUGAUUUUCGACAUAAGCUGUGCAAUGCUUAACUUUUGUAAAUAUUUUAUUUAGAUUUGAUUUUGACUGUUUUUAGUUAUACAGUAAGUAUGGUAUCUGUAUUUAAAUGGUUAACGUUAUAACAGAAAUGUAUCUUAAUUACAUAGAAGAUAAAAAAGGAUUGUUGUUGCUCUGAGGCUAGCCAACCUUAUUAACUUGUUUGUUUUCUUCUCCGCAGUUUGAAUUGGUAUUGAAAUUAUAAUUUUUAAAAUAGAUUAACUUUGCUUUAGAAAAAGAAUAGAUCUAUUUAGUGCUUUCAGUUAUUUAACAUUGUUUAACAUUUCGAUGGUUAACUGUUAUUUAUUUUACAAAUAUACACUAACACAACACGAAUAUACCACAUUAAUUAUAUAAUAUCCUGAAUAAGCACUAUCUAUAUCAUUCAACGUAAAUCUGAUCAAUAUUUAAAAGCUUUAUUAAUAUACAUUUAUUUAGCAUCCGCGAUCAAGUUAAAAUUAAGACAAAUAUUAAAAAAUUAUAAUUGUACGAUUUUAUGGUAAACAGUUCACUCCCGGUCAUACACAUUUUGUGUACGUAUUAAAUGAAUGACUUAAUGCACAUCUUAAAUCAAAACAAGUGGUAAAUGUCCGGUUGUUGAUGACUGAUACGACACACGAUUGUUACAAACAUUGUUUGAUGUUUAUGAGACAUCAUUAAUUUCAAUUUGGUCAUUUGUUAAUACACUGUGUAUUACAUUAUAUAAAUAUGUUGUUACCUACUUGCGCUCUUUAGUUCACACCAACUAUGUCAAAAAUAAAGUAAUAUC